GGCCUCGUGGCUUCUCGCCCUUAGUGUGGUCUCGGGUCUUACUGUACGUGGCGGGUCUCGGCUGAAGGGCACGGAGAGAGAGAGAGAAACGCGCCCCGCUGUCUGUCCGGCUCUCUGUCACUCGCUCUCUCCCCUUUGUUGUGGAAUUAAUGAUAUAUCGGUGGUCCGAUUUAGAGCUGUCUAGUAGAGAGUGAGAAAGAAAAAGAAUAUUUGUUAUGAAGGCAAAUGUUUUGUGUUUGGUGAAGUGAGAGAAAAGGGGAGAGAUAAAAGACAACGAUAGUUACAGAAAUAAGGAAUACUGAAUAAGAACUGUAGAAAGAAGAGAUAUUAAAGAAAUGACGGUGCGAUAACGACGCUGGCCAACGUCGGAGCAGACCUUACGUAAUCCUGUGCGAGGGACGAAAGCAGGUCCUCCAAUGCACAGUUCCCCUUCGCCGAGGCUGUUCACUCCCCAGGGCCUGAAAAAAGGCCUCAGAAAGAAAGCACAGACUACAUGGCGUGACGGCAAUUGUGUCAUUGUUGAGAGAUGAUGCAACACUUGGCUGCUAGUGCUAUAUAUUCUUGGCUCCACUGAGCUCACGGCUGUGCAUUAGGUUUACUUUCCCUUGUCGUUUCUGUCCGUGUCCUGUGCAUAUACUCAUUGAAAUGGAAGUAAAGAAGGGAGAGGCAAGCCCGCCGCUCGAUGGCAGGGGGAGGGGCACUCGGGGGGAGGCCGAGCGCGGCCCGGAGAUAAAGGGCCAAGGGAUCCUGGCGACACACGAGGGAACUUUCCGUCCUCCGAGGCAGGGCGAGCGGAUUCUUCCUCCGCCCGAGAAGGGCGCCUCCUGCAAGGGCGGACGGGCCUCUCCUGAGCACCCUGGCGGCGAGGAGGAGCUCGCCCCUCCUGACGGCGGAUGGGGCUGGCUGGUGGCGUUCGGGGCCUUCGUCAUCACGUCUCUGCUCCCUCUGCUGGGACCCUGCUUCGGUAUCCUAUUCUCCCGCUACCUGCUGGAACUCGGCACGUCGUCUACCACCACAGCAUGGAUCUUCAAUACCCAGUGCUUCACCUGGAACCUCUUCGGUCUCGUGGCACGCCCAUUUACGCAGGAAUUUGGGUGGAGAAAAGUGGCCUGCUUGGGCGGAUUUCUGACCUCGAUCUCGCUCGUGAUUUCUGCCUUCGCGCCCUCGGCUGAGUUCCUGUUUUUCUCGUUUUCUUUGCUGAGCGGCGCCGGGGGCGGGGCGGCCGUGUGCAUCUGCUUCACCAUCGUGCCCCUGUACUUCGACCGCCGCCGCGGCCAGGCCAACGCGAUCAUGAUGGCGGGCGUGUGCUUGGGCCAGAUCAUCGGGCCGCCCCUCGUCAACUUCCUGCAGACCGAGUACGGCUACAAGGGCGCCACCAUCAUCAUGGGCGCGAUCCUGCUCAACGGCUGCGUCGGCGCCUUGCUGUUCCACCCGAUCGCGUGGCACCAGAAGAGGGUCGCGCGGCCGAGGAUCGCCGGCCUGCAGGAGGGCACGGAGGAGCCCUUGGUGCCCAGGCGGAGGAGGAUGUCCAGCGAAGCCCUGGACACCAACAGCCCGAUGCUGGCCGCUAGGAGGGGCCUGGCCAGGGUCCGGAACCACUCCGUCGCGUCCCUUGGAGGCUCCUCCCUCGGCCUGUCCACCAUCGACCUCCCCGGCCUCGCAGCCUUGGCCUCGGCCGCAGAGGGCGACGACGGCGGAGGCGACGACGGGGAUGCCUCCUCGACCUCCUCGCGGGCUCCUGGGACGAUCUGCAACAUCCUCAAGAUCCUGCAACGCGUGUGGCGCUCCACCGUGUCGGACCUGCAGGCGCUGCGCUCCCCGCGGGCGCUCAUCAUCGCCGUCGGAGGAACCCUGUGCAUCAACGGCUACCUCAACUUCGUCAUGAUGGUGCCCUUCGCCAUGCAGGCCGGCGGCUACACGCUGCAGGACGCGGCCUUCUGCAUCUCCAUCUCGGCGGUGUGCAACCUACUGCUGAGGAUGAUCGUGUCGACGCUCUCCGACUGGCCCCGCUUCAGCGUCCGCGCCUGCUACAUGGCCGGCUUCGGGCUCAUCUCCGUCACCAUGUUCGUGUUCCCUCUGCUGACCGACCUCCGCUGGAUGAUGGCCGUCAUGGGCGCGUGGGGCUGCGGCGUCGGGGCGAACAUGGGCCUCUACAACCUGGUCAUGAUCAAAGUCAUGGGAAUCGACCGGCUGCCGGCGGUGUUCGGUUCCUGUUGCUUCAUGGUGGCCAUCGGCUUCAUCCUCUUCGGCCCGCUCAUCGGCGUAGUGAGAGAUGUGAGCGGCAGCUACUCCAUCAGCAUGUGGGUGCUGGCGACCAUGGUGCUGCUGAGCCUGUGCCUGUGGGUGGUGAUGCCGGCCGAGAAGGAGCGGAGCGCAGACGGGGCGGCGCCGGGGCUCGAGAAGAAGCCGUGACGUCGCUGGGAGAUGGAGACGC